UGACAUCAUACCCGACGGCAUUGUAAAGUGUGCCCGAAACCCGCUACUGAUCCAACUCCUUGACCUGAACUCUACCCUCGAUAUCCAGCCAGAAACACAUCCACCUUCCCAGCGUAGCCACAAUGUCGGACACGGCAUCCAACUAUCGUACAUCGACCUCGUUCACGACCAUGCCCCCGGUGCUGACCGAAAGCCAGAAAGGUUCGGUGGAGGACAUCCAGAUCUCGCUGGCACCGUACAUCCAAUCCUAUCUGAGCCAAACCGGCCGGCGCCAUUCGUGCUGCAGCGUGAUGUUGCCGGUUGCGUUCGAACGGGCUGCACCGCGGUCCUGGUUCGAUCCCCGUUUCGAUUCACCCGUGCUGGAGGGCCAGUACCAGGCGAGCGUAUUUCCGCAGCUGCGCCUUAAGUUUCGCUUCGCACUAUUCUACAUCCUGCUCUGCUCGCUCGUGUGGCUGCUGUACUUCCUGUUUGACGGUGGCCCGACCAGCUUCACACUGCUGACCGUAUCGAUCGGGUUGAUCUUUCUGUUCGCGCUUGCCGGCCUGUGGGUGACGCGCACCGACAUCUACCGUGCGCACACGAACCUGAUAUCGUCCUUCUGCGCCAUCCUGCUCUGCAUGUUUUCCCUCUUUCUGCUGCUGCUGACACGCGAAGCGCUCAGCCCGCUCGGUCACUUUUCCAUCUGCAUCGAGAUCGUAAUGCUUAUCUACACGAUCAUACCGCUACCGUUGUGGCUCUGCUGCACCAUCACCAUGGCGUACUCCGUUUGCUUCGAGGUGCUCUCGUUUCUUCACCAGACGCACUACGACUACAACUCGCGACCGGGUGGUCAACCGACCGCAUCACCGCUCGUUACGGGUAGCGUCACGCACACCGUCGCCCGGUUGCUCGCCGAGGACGGUGCGAUCGGUACGGAUUACCAACACUCCGGUGACUCGUUCGUGUACAAAAUCGUACUGAUACGGGUGCUGAUACAGCUGUGCGUGCAUCUGAUCGGCAUCCAGAUACUGAUCAUGACGGUGGUGCGUAUGCGCGGCACGUUUAUGAAGGUUGGCCAGAACCUGCUCGUGCGGCGACAGCUCGAGAUGGAGAAGCAGCUAAAGGAGAAGAUGAUCCACUCGAUGAUGCCACCGAAGGUGGCGGAUCUGCUGCUCAAAGAGAGUGGCAGCGUGCCGAAAGGCACCAGCUUCGAUCAGUACCCGGCCUCUGCCCAAGCUGCACCACGGCGCACCACACCAUCCGAUCUAAAGUCGCUGUUCCGGCCCUUCCACAUGAACCGGAUGGAAAACGUCAGCAUACUGUUUGCGGAUAUAGUCGGCUUUACGCGCAUGUCAUCGACAAAAACGGCCGAACAGUUGGUGGAGAUACUGAACGAUCUGUUCGAACGCUUCGACGACCUCUGUCUGGUGAACGGUUGCGAGAAAAUUUCGACACUGGGUGAUUGCUAUUACUGUGUGUCCGGUUGUCCGGAACCGCGCCCGGAUCAUGCAAUCUGCAGCGUCGAGAUGGGGCUCGGCAUGAUCGAAUCGAUCCGGGUGUUUGAUGCGCAACGGAACGAGGGCAUCAAGAUGCGUGUCGGUGUCCAUACCGGUACGGUGCUUUGCGGCAUUGUCGGUACGAAACGGGUCAAGUUCGAUGUGUGGAGCAACGAUGUUACGCUAGCUAAUCGUAUGGAGUCCAGUGGAAAACCCGACCAGGUGCACGUAUCGGAAGAAACUUGCGGCUUCCUGGGCGAUUCCUAUAUCAUAGAGGAAGGCGAAGAAGUUGAUGGUCACCGUACGUACUUCGUGCUGGGCAAAAAGCUGGAUCUGGUCGGUUCGAUCACGGAGGGUCUGUCGAGCAUUGGACUUCCGGUUGACCUUAACCUUCUGGGCGCAUCGGCCUCACCGCUGGACGAGCUACCGUACGCGACGAGCGAAGAGAACCCGGAAAGUUCCUGCCUGUCGCGCAGUGCCACCAAUCUAUCCGGCAUACAACCCGCGGUACCGCCAGCAUCCCCUGCCGGGCCAGUAUUUUUCUCCUCCCUGCACGCGUCACCGGUGUCGACACCGCGACCCCGCAUCGCAUCGCUAACGAAGAUGACCAAGUUCCUCCGUUCGGCCGUGAAGGGUGAUACCGGCCGGUUGUUAAACCCGCACCGUACAGCCGGUGGUGCGGGCGCACCGGUGGAGAAGCCAAAAAUUAUCAUCAGCACAAAAUCGAUCUCAAACGGUUUCGAGUCCGACGACGAGAUGGCGGAAAUGAUGGCGUCUGGUGGUGGGACGGGUAAAUGUUUGACCCGAUCACCGGUCGGUACGCGGCCACAGGACGUGACGACAAUAGUGACGAUGCUCAACGAACGUACCCGAAGCCAGCCGCCGGACGGUAGCGAUGCUGGUGGCCAACAGGGGCAACGGAAGGCCGGCAAGGUGGCGCUCAAGCGCCAGGACACGUACACUGCUCCGGAUGGGGAGUGCAGCAGAAUCUGUGAUAGUAGUAAAAGCUGUGACGAAGAUGUGCCAUGUAUUGAGAGAAGUAGCAGCAGCGGCAAUGCGCGUACCGGUCCGAUCGGUACCGGGGCCGGUGGAAGCGCUAGCAGUAGCAAUAGCAAUAGCAAUAGCAAUAAUCAGAACAUCACCAACGGGUGCUACCAUCAUGUGCCGAUCGUGAUCGUUACACCGCGUCCGAGCUGCCACACGCUGGACGUCACGAACGGGGGUAGUAUUACCAACAGCAAUGCACACACCACCACGACCACCACCAAUACGGUCACCACCGCCGCCGCAACGUGCAGCACGAUCGGGCGCAGUCGUGAAUGCGGUAGGAUGGUGGGAUCCGGCGGUGAAAACACGCACACCAGCCAAAGUUCCGUGUUCGACGAGAUAAUAGACGUGCGCUCGUACAUCUCGCAAUCGCGCAGUGACAUUUCACCGUUUGCCCGCACCGGUAGCUACCGAUCGCAGGCGGACCGAUCAUCGAUCAUUCACGAGAUCGCACUGUCGGCCGGUGCCGGCAGCAGUAACAGUGGCACGUUCGGUCGGCCCCGUAGCUCCACCAUCACCACCACACACCACGCGUGUAACGAAGCGCAUCAGCACGUACGUCACGGUUCGGUUGUCGUGUGUCCGAGCUCCCGUUUGCUCGGUGCCGACGGUGCAAGUCUAUCACCGUCCGCAACAUCGCGCAAAGAUUCGGGCAUACGAUCAAACAGCCGUCGGUCGAGCAUCCAGCAUCAGAUAGUGCUGAUGAGUCAAACGGCCGCGCUGUCGGUGCAUCGCGUGUCCGGCUAUUUUACCAGCUCGCAAUCCAGCCUGUCCGGUGCGAUCGUAACGUCCGCGACCGGCCACCCUGACCAUCAUCAUCAGCCGACGCAGAAACCGAACGGUAGCAUGCGGCUCGGACCGGGCACCGGUUCGAAGUGUUGCGUCGGCAUUAAGGAACCGCAUCCAGAUCCGCUAGCCGCCUGUCUGCAGCAGCUGCGCAAACAGUCCGACCUGCAGCUAAUACGUUGCGUGCGGGAUAAUGCACGAUCGCAGCGCAGCUAUCUGGUGAAGCCACCGCUGUUGCCGGUAUCACUGCGCUUCAAAUCGCGCCCGAUGGAGCAAGAAUUUCGCUCGAAGGCGCACCGGUUCGGGAGCGAAAGUGGCGAUCUCGAGGGCGGUGGUCCACCAACGCUAGCGACGCCCAAGUACAAUACCUACAUCGACAUGCUCGUAUCGUUCGUCGUGUAUCUUGCGACCUCGACCUCACUGUUUCUACUCUCGCCCUCGGUCUAUCUCGAAUCGUACAAGGUCUGGGUGUGCAUCUUCGUGUUCUUCAGCACGGUACAGCUGUUUGCGCUGUUCAUCUGCACCAAGCAGGUGUGUCGAAGGACGCGCAAACCUACCGUACGCCGGUCCCGCCCCAUGGCUAGCCGCAGCUGCUACGACUGUCUGCUGCAGCUCGCAUCCAACUGGUACCCGUGGCAUAUCUGUGGUGGCAUCCUCAUGUCGCUGCCCGUCAUCUCGAUACUCUCCAACUUUGCCAUGAUGGACGUGACCAAGUUUCGCGUGUUUGAGUUCCAUUACGGUUUCCUGAUGUACAUCUGCAUCGUGCACUUUUGCAACUUUACGCAGCUGAACUGGUGGAUGCGCAACGCGAUGGCAUGCCUAACGUCGGCCGCAUUCGUCGGCAUUGCAGUCGGGCAUAUGGUGGAGUUACAGGCACUCGAAGUGGCUGCGGGCGUUACUGCGAACGGCACGAUCAUUACCGCCGGUGGUGACACCGAUGAAAUGCUGCACCGUGCCCAGUUCGAUUGGUUCAACAACUACCGGGUGGAGAUAUACGUCGAUCUGCUGCUGCUGCUCGUGCUAGUUUGGUUUUUAAAUCGCGAAUUCGAGAUCGGCUAUCGCUUAAGCUUUCAUGGCAGUGCCGUUGCAAACCAGGACAAGAUACGGGUGCAGAAUAUGAAAAACCAAGCCGACAUGCUGCUGCACAACAUCAUCCCGAAGCAUGUGGCGGAGCAGCUGAAAAAUACUGCCAAAUAUUCGGAAAACCAUCACAACAUCGGCAUCAUCUUUGCGAGCAUUGUCAACUUUAACGAAAUGUACGACGAAUCGUACCUCGGUGGGAAGGAGUAUCUGCGCGUGCUGAACGAACUGAUCGGUGAUUUUGACGAGCUGCUCGCCCGGCCCGAGUUCCGAUGCGUGGAAAAGAUCAAAACGAUCGGCAGCACGUUUAUGGCCGCGUCCGGGCUCGAUCCGAGCAGCCGGGGCGAAAACUACGAACAUCUGUACACGCUGCUCGACUUUGCGCUCGCGAUGCAGCAGGUGGUGGAAUCGUUCAAUCGCGAUCUGCUGGAGUUUAAUCUGAUCAUGCGGGUCGGAUACAACUUUGGCGACGUAACGGCCGGUGUGAUCGGUACGAGCAAGCUGUACUACGACAUCUGGGGCGAUGCGGUAAAUGUCGCGAGCCGGAUGGAUUCGACCGGUGUGGCCGGCCGGGUACAGAUCGGUAGCGAUUGUGUACAGGUGCUGGGUGAACGGUUCGACUUUGAGCCACGCGGUAAGGUGUACGUAAAGGGCAAGGACCAUAUGGAAGUGUACCUGCUGGUUGGCAAGAAACCGGACCUACUGGGACCACCAGAACUAGAUAUAGAUCCCGUGUAGAUAGAAGGAAAGCAAACGCACGGAGGAGAAAGCUUUCUUUUUUAGUCAUUUUCUUGUACCGUCACUACGGUACGGUAUCGUCGAAUUGGGAUAGGAUUGUUUUGGAGUUGUUGAGAUGAGUACCGGUACAUCGAAGAAGAAAAAAAAACGUUUGCUACUACUUGCUCUGCAGACAAAGCAUACUGAAGGUUAAUAGCUAAUACGAAAUUGAUGGUACAACUACACCGCACGGUGCAUAAAAACAAAGCUAGCAGCUGUUUCUAGGCGCUAGAAAUGUCUGGGAACAAAACAAACCUUCCCCUGAUCAUUAAUCUCUAUGGUCUCGAAAAGACGAAAUAGCAAGUACUGGAUGAGUUAGUAGAGUUACGAACUUCAAGGCGAGAAUAAGCCGGAUUUUAUUCGGCGCCAUUCGCCCUCUCCCAAAAAAGGCACUGAUGUAAACUGAUGCACAACAAAACAGGAAACGCGAGUUACUCAUUUUAAGGCAAUAACCGUGCUGGCGGAUAGGAAGGAUUUGAAAAAUAGCUAUUUUAACCAAGUAGAAUAACUCGUUUGUCAUAUUACUGCGAGUAAGACAGCACGGUUACUCCUCGUAUAGGUUUUCCCCUUUCUAACCAAUCAAACAAAUAUCUCCUCCAUUUGAAUUUUCGUUUUUAAAAUACAAACAUAUAUGUGCACAUCUCUCAAGAGUCCCAAAGAUGUCGGAGACCUCACUGACCUAAUUCGAUGUGUAACGUCUAUGCACUUUUACUAGUUCACAAAGACUCGUCUAAAUCUACACCUUUUGCAUCUGUCCGUACGAAUAAGUUUCCGUUUUAAGCCUCCCAGCCCUUAGUCAUGUUGCUCAAACCUCCAACAACCUCUCCUCAUCCUGUCAGCAUACUCCACCCCCGUCACAGGUGUUGUAUUAUGAGUGUGUGUCUGUCGCUUCCUAGGUGUGCCUGAAGCAAAACAAAACUCAGAAUAUACCGCGCAGUCAGCCUCCUAUUGCUGCCGUGCAUGGCUACGGUCUAUCAGAACAACUCUCUAAGAUGAAUUGACUCAGUGUGAGUGAGUUACAUCAAAGGGCUUACUCUUCAAAAGAUUCUUUGAAGAGUUAUUCUUCAGUGAGUUGUCACAUUCAAGAGUCGCUGCGAAGAGAUAUAACUCAUGCAUCAGUGCGUUGCGAAACCGAGAAAGGUUAACAGGAUAACAAAAUUAGAAAUGCGCGAAUGAGUGUUUCACACUUGUGUGUGACUGUGUGUGACCACCAAGAGUUAUAGCUCAUGGAUUAUAUAACUCAUUCGUGAUUUGAACCAUUGGUCGUAGGAUAAAUCGCAAAUGAGUUAUAGGAACUCUUAGCACUGAUUGGAAUAAACUCACUCAAGAGU